UUUCAUCAUCAUCAUCAUCGCUUUCGAUCAAGUCUUUUUCUUUUUUAUACAAUCAUUUUUCUUUAUUUCAUUCAAUCACACAAAAUAAUUAAUUAAAAUCCCACUUAAUUUAGUAACCUAAAACACAAUAAUACAUGGGUAUGAAAUUCAAACUAGUCAAUUAUUGUUCAAUCAUCUCUAUUAUUCUUGCAUACUUGGCGUGUCUGUCCAAUGCACAACUUUCGUCUAAGCAUUACGCGUCAAGCUGUCCUAAUCUUGAAAAGAUUGUGCGUAAGACAAUGAAGCAAGCUGUUCAAAAGGAACAACGCAUGGGCGCUUCAAUACUUCGCUUGUUCUUUCAUGACUGCUUUGUCAAUGGUUGUGAUGCCUCUUUGCUACUAGAUGACACGUCUACCUUUACCGGAGAAAAAACAGCAAUUUCAAACAGAAAUAAUUCAGUACGGGGAUUUGAAGUUAUUGAUUCCAUCAAGACUAAUGUUGAAGCUUCUUGCAAAGCUACCGUCUCUUGUGCUGAUAUUUUAGCAUUAGCUGCUCGCGAUGGUGUUUUUCUGUUAGGAGGGCCCUCAUGGAAAGUUCCACUAGGAAGAAGGGAUGCAAGAACAGCAAGCCUAACAGCAGCAACAAAUAACCUUCCACCAGCAUCAUCAAGCCUCUCUAAUCUCACCACACUCUUCAACAAUAAAGGUUUAUCACCUAAAGACAUGACCGCCCUCUCCGGCGCCCACACCAUCGGCUUAGCACGUUGUGUAAGCUUCCGACGCCAUAUCUACAACGAUACUGAUAUCGACGCCAACUUCGCAGCCACACGUAAAGUGAAUUGUCCUUUGUCAAAUAAUACUGGAAACACUAACUUGGCACCUCUUGAUCUUCAAAGCCCUACCAAGUUUGAUAAUAGUUAUUACAAGAACCUUAUUGCCAAACGUGGCCUUCUUCACUCUGAUCAAGAACUUUACAAUGGAGGAUCACAAGAUGCCUUGGUUACACGUUAUAGUAAAAGUAAUGCUGCCUUUGCUAAGGAUUUUGUGGCUGCUAUUAUUAAGAUGGGUAAUAUUAGUCCUUUAACUGGUUCUAGUGGAGAAAUUCGAAAGAAUUGUCGAUUCAUUAAUUAAUUUUAUUUGGUUACUCAUAUAUCUUACUUUUGUUGAGAAUAAUGUAGUUAUUCUCCUAUAUAAUAGAGCUAAUUAAUAUUCUUAGCUACUCCGUACUUCUGUAAGUCUGUUUCAAAGUAAUUAAUCGUUUUCCUAAGUCUAA